UUAACCAACUCACUCCCUCUCCUAACUCUCUCGGUCUCGCCUCGCCGGAAUCUCAAUCUCCGGCCAUAUUUCCCUGAAGAGCGUGACAUACGACUCUUUUUAGAUUCUCAAUUGUUUUAAAGAAAACUUGUCCGUCUAAUAUAGAGCUUUAGAUCUUCAGAAAAGGGCAGAAAAAACCAGCUUGGAAAUGCACUGAAAGCUUUGCAAUAUAUUUGCGGUUGUGGCAGUCUAUGUAACAAACAUAUUCUUUCCAUCAAGAUUUUCAAAAGGUUCUUUCGUUUAGGUGUACUCUUUUAUCAAUUCGAGCUCUCUAAUUUCUUUCUUGCGUAAGGACAGAUACCCGAGAUAUCAGGUUUGGCGAUCAGCUCCAGAUACAGUUCGUGAGAAGACAAAGAACAGGAAGCAUUAAAUGUUAGACAUAAAGAAAUCGUACAAGAAAAAGAUAUGCCUCUCAUGCAAAUGAAGGACUUUGAAGAAAGCUAUAUGGUGGUAUCUAUGCAAUCUCUUCAAACUUGCAAAAAUCUUGAGAUUCCCUUUAGUAAUGGAGAUGAUAACUCGGAAACUGCAAAAGAAAGCUUAGGUAGGAAAAGAGCUAAUGGAAGGAGAUCAAGAGGAGGCAAAGGACUCAAAGUUGAGUCCAAGAAAAUAUUAUUUCAAGAUUAUAAGCUUGAUUCAAGUGAAGAGUCUUCUCCUUCUUCAUGCAAGAGCCUUAUGUUUCAUCGUAGGCCUGGACAUGGACAAUUGGGUACCAAGUGCAUAGUUAAAGCUAACCAUUUUCUAGCUCAGAUGCCUGAUUCAGACUUGAGCCACUAUAGUGUUGAAAUAAAACCAGAAGUAACAUCUCGCAAAUUAAGCAAAGCCAUCAUGACACAGUUGGUUAAAAUGCAUAGGGAAACUGAUUUAGGAACGAGACUGCCUGUUUAUGAUGGAGGCAGAAACCUUUACACAGCAAGAUCACUUCCUUUUACCUCAAAAGACUUUACUAUAACCUUGGUUCAUGAAGAUGAGGCAACAGGCAAUAUCAAGAAGAGAGAUUUUGAAGUGACAAUAAAAUUUGAAGCACUUGCUGGUAUGCUGCAAUUACGUGAGCUUCUUUCUGGAAAACCAGUUGAUACCCCUCAAGAAGCAAUUACUGUUAUUGACAUUGUACUGAGAGAACUUGCAGCUCAAAGAUAUGUAUCAAUUGGAAGGUCAUUCUAUUCUCCUGAUAUCAAGAAACCGCAGCAGCUCGAAGGAGGAUUAGAAUCAUGGAGAGGUUUCUACCAAAGUAUAAGACCGACUCAGAUGGGACUGUCACUAAAUAUUGACAUGUCAGCAACGGCUUUCAUUGAACCUCUCCUUGUCAUCGAAUUUGUUGCUCAAAUUUUGAAUAAAGAUGUGUAUUCGAGGCCAUUGUCAGACGCAGAUCGUGUCAAGGUAAAGAAAGCACUCAGGGGUGUAAAAGUUGAAGUCACUCACAGAAGAAAUGUACGGAGAAAGUAUAGAAUUUCAGGAUUGACGACACAGCCUACAAGAGAGCUAAUCUUCCCGCUUGAUGAGCAUAUGAACAUGAAAUCAGUUGUUGAGUACUUUCAAGAAAUGUAUGACUAUACCAUUCAAUAUCCCCAUCUACCUUGCCUGCAAGUUGGAAACCAGAGGAAGGUUAACUAUUUGCCGAUGGAGGCUUGCAAGAUAGUCAGGGGGCAAAGAUAUACCAAAGGCCUCAAUGAGAAGCAAAUAACUUCUUUGCUAAAAGUUUCAUGUCAAAGGCCGCGUGAUCAAGAAAUGGACAUUUUGCAGACAAUUCACCAAAAUGGUUAUGAACAUGAUCCCUAUGCAAAGGAGUUCGGCAUCAGCAUAGACAGCAAGCUUGCAUCGAUUGAUGCUCGUGUUUUGCCUGCUCCGUGGCUGAAGUACAGCGAUACUGGCAAAGUGAAAGAAUAUCUGCCUCAAGUUGGUCAGUGGAAUAUGAUGAAUAAGAAAGUGAUAAAUGGAAGCAUUGUAAGAUAUUGGGCUUGCAUCAACUUCUCACGAAGCGUUCAAGAAACCACUGCUCGCAGUUUUUGCCAACAGCUGGUCCAGAUGUGCCGAAUUUCUGGCAUGGAUUUUAACGGUGAACCUGUAAUUCCAAUAUAUGCAGCAAGACCUGAUCAGGUAAAGAAGGCCUUGAAAUAUGUAUACCACGCUGCUGCAAAGAAACUUGAAGGAAAAGAAUUAGAGUUACUCAUUGCCAUUCUUCCAGACAACAAUGGUUCAUUGUAUGGUGAUUUAAAACGCAUUUGUGAAACUGAUCUCGGGUUAAUUUCUCAAUGCUGCCUUACCAAGCAUGUCUUCAAGAUUAACAGACAGUAUUUGGCAAAUGUGUCAUUAAAAAUCAAUGUUAAGAUGGGAGGAAGAAAUACUGUGCUUUUAGAUGCUAUAUGUUGGAGGAUUCCCUUGGUUAGUGACAUUCCAACCAUAAUUUUUGGAGCUGAUGUAACACAUCCAGAGUCUGGAGAGGACAUCAGUCCGUCUAUAGCUGCUGUUGUAGCCUCCCAAGACUGGCCAGAAGUUACAAAAUAUGCUGGGUUGGUUUGCGCUCAGCCUCAUCGGCAAGAGCUUAUUCAAGAUUUAUUCAAAACCUGGCAAGACCCUCAGCAGGGAACAGUUGCUGGUGGGAUGAUCAGGGAGCUCCUACUUUCAUUCAAGAAGGCCACCGGGCAAAAGCCAUUGAGGAUCAUAUUUUACAGGGAUGGUGUCAGUGAAGGUCAAUUCUAUCAGGUUCUACUGUAUGAACUGGAUGCAAUUCGAAAGGCUUGCGCAUCACUUGAACCUAGUUACCAACCUCCGGUAACAUUUGUUGUUGUCCAAAAGCGGCAUCAUACUAGACUUUUCGCAAGCAAUCACAAUGAUAGAAGUAGCAUUGACAGGAGUGGAAAUAUUUUACCUGGUACUGUUGUGGACACUAAAAUAUGCCAUCCGACUGAAUUUGACUUCUAUUUAUGUAGUCAUGCAGGAAUUCAGGGGACUAGCCGACCUGCACAUUACCACGUGCUGUGGGAUGAAAACAACUUCACCGCCGAUGAGAUUCAAUCUCUGACGAACAACCUUUGCUAUACGUAUGCUAGGUGUACGCGGUCGGUUUCUGUAGUUCCUCCUGCGUAUUAUGCUCAUCUGGCAGCUUAUCGAGCUCGAUUUUACAUGGAACCUGACGCAUCAGAAAAUCCUAAAAUUUGCCGCACGCUCACAGCUAAUGGAUCGUGUGUCCGCCCGCUGCCUGCAUUGAAAGAGAAGGUGAAGAAUGUGAUGUUUUAUUGCUAGAGUGGAAAAAUGAAGGAGCACAGAAGAAAUAGCAACAGAAGAUAUUAACCAUUUUCUACACCCAAGUUGUAGAGAAUUUCCGCUGAAAGUUUUGACCACUAAUUCAGCGUUAAUGACAUGGGUUAUAUUAGCAUAAUUACACUAGUGUAUUAAUUAUUUCUACUAGAGGUCAAAAAUAUCAUAAAAAAUGUACAUCUUCUGAAAUAUACGCCAACAAAUAUGAAUCAGAAGUCCCUGGACUGCAUUCUUUUA